CUACAGGAGAUUGAUGUCAACGAAGCUUGCUAUAAGAAACCACGGUGCUACAAAAAAGAUUGCCAGGUUCCAAAAGCUUUAGGAUUAGGAAAUGCUGGAAAAGUAGAACUAUGGGGAAAGAUAGAUCGUUCAGCCUACUGUCCAGGAGAACAAAUUGCAUUGUCUAUCGUUGUAAAGAAUGAUUCCACACAGAAUCUUGGAAAGAUCAAAGCACAGUUAAUGCAGUAUGUGACAUUCAUUGGGAAUGCCAAAGAGGAAUACUCAAACGAUACUAUUAAAGUCAUAACCUCCACCUCAGAACUGGCAGCGGGUAAAGUUAUUAAAUGGGACAACCAAUUGAUACUUAUAGAUGGAAUACCAGCCACCAUAGAGAGACCAACAUGUCAGUGCAUCAGUGUCAGAUAUGUACUCGAGGUUAUUGUAUCAGUGCCCUUUUUCACUGGAAGUGAUAUGAAGUUAAUCUUUCCUGUUACCAUAGGAACGGUUCCAUUCGGGAAGUCUCUAAAGGCAUCUAGUCUUAGUCAAGCUGCUGGCAUUCAAGUUACUGAUGCAUCAAAGGCGAUUACAUACACUAACUGCAAUAAAGGGUGGAAGCCAUUCAACCAGUCUUCGAGCUCGAGGAAUUUUCCAAAUAUGACUUUCACUCCAAUGUGUGCUUAUGCAGUCAAUUAUCAAUAUAAAAAUGUCACUACUGCAACAAAACCAAAGCAGAAUAUUGCAGCAUCGGCCAAGUCUAACGCAGCGACAAAUACCUCGUCCAAUGAUGCUUCUACAAGACGUUCAUCUACUAGCCCAACUGUAAGAGUUACCAAAACUCAAACACCGUCCACGAUUGCUUCUAAAACUGUUUCGGAUAGCAGCACAAGUAUACAAGUUACUAAAUCUUCAACUCCAACGGCAGUGCAACCUUCAGCACCACAGCUAGACUCACUCUCCAAACAAACUGGUGCCACCGGAACAGGACAACACCAACCACCGAUGAACAAUCUAGCAAUUAGUGCUGCCAGUACUAGUGCAGCUAUCAUUAACCAGGUAGAGAGCAGUAUAUUACCACCUUCAUAUGAGGAGGCUAUGGGGAUACAAGAUUCCAGUGUAGAUGUUAAUUCAGAUGAUGACGAAGAAGAUCCAGGAGUAUGUUAUAUGGUAGUACGGUUUUCAAAAGAUAUAAUGGAGGAUUUUCUAACGUUUUUGAAAAAUAACAAGAAACUUCUGGAAAUUCAAAAAGGUCGCCUUAUUUUUAAAAGUAUUAAACCAUAUAAAUCUAUUGGUAAUUGGCCGAAAGGUAAUCAAGUUGUACUUCUUAGUUUCCCUUCUAAAAAGGAAGCAUCUGAUUGGAUAACGACUUCUCCUGGUAUCCAAGAAACAAAAUGGUUGAAAAAUUCAGAUAUAGCUGUAACUGGUGUUAAAGAACAAUUUCAGUCAGAAAAAACAAUGGUUACUAUAACCGAGAUUUCAAUGAUCGAAGAGAAUGUAGAGGCUGUAACUCGAUAUAGAAACCUAAUUGAAAAUAUACUUAGACCUUUAAGAAUUGCUCAUGGUGGAAUUCUGAGUGUUAAUACACCAAAAUAUGAAGUACUUCAGGGUACUUGGAGAACAGCAGCUACUUCCAAACUUAGUAUCAUGGCAUGGCCUGAUUUAAAAGCAGUGAAAAAUUACAAAUCAAGUAUUACAGAACUACAAGCAGUUAUUGAUGAACUAAAACCAAAGUGUAUGGUAAUUCAUAAUUCAGCUUCUUUUGACAUUGACAAUAUAUCUACGGAGGACACACAGGAGGACGAUACAAUGUCUACUUCACAAUGAUUAACAAACUUGAUGCAUUACAAAUAAUAAAAAUCUUGUUUGAUAUAAUUUUGUUUUAUGUAUAUAUUAAUGAGUAUGUUUUACUUUAUGUUUUACUUUAAUAAAAAUCUAUUUUUUAUAA